UCACAUGCACAUCCCAUAAUUCAAAUUUGAUUUUGUCAACAUCUUUUACUUAGUUGUUACUAACUCCCCAAUAAUAAAUCCAUAAUAAUAAUAAAAAAAGAAACCAUAAUAAUCCCAAUAUAAAUGCUACAACACAAAACUCAUAACCAACACUUUAUCAUUAUCUCAUUCAAUUCAACCAAACACAACACAACACAGCACAGCACACCAACAACAACACAAGACAUAAAACCUUAGAAAAACCAAACAAACACAAACAUGGGAAACGCCAUAGGAAAAAGCAAAAAAGCAAAGAUAAUGAAAAUAGAUGGAGAAAUAUUUAAAGUAAAAACACCAACAACAUCAAACGACGUCGUAAAAGAUUAUCCCAACCACGUUCUUCUUGAUUCUGAAGCAGUAAAACAUUUUGGGCUUCGAGCUAAACCAUUAGAGCCCAACCAAGAAUUAAAGCCCAGAAAAAUUUACUUUCUUGUAGAUUUACCUAAGAAACCCGAAGAAGAUAAAACGUCGUCGUUACAUAGAAGGGUACGAUCUAGUGGAAUAAGGAACAUGAAUGCUAAAGAUAGACUUGAUUUAUUGAUGUUAUCUAAACGUUCAGUUUCGGAUAUUACGAUGGUUAAGCCACCACCUGAUUUGGGCUUAGAUGGGCCUAUGAGGGUGAAAAUGAGGAUUCCGAAAGCCCAAUUGGAGAAGUUGAUGGAAGAGAGUAAUGAUGGGGCUGAAGUGGCUGAGAAGAUUAUGAGUUUGUAUAUGGGAAAUAAUGGUGGUGUUGGUGGUGGUGGUGAUGUGGCGGAACAUGACGGUGUUGUUAGCCGACAAAUUCGGAAGCCACGUGGGAAACGAGUGAGUUUUAGCCCAAUGGAAAUUGAAGAAAGUCAAAUUGUAGAAGCAGCUUCUCAAUAGUACUUCAUGAUUAUUAUUUUUUUUUUUUGACAAAAGUACUUCAUGGUAGUUAGAUAUGUACAUUUGUACUAGAAUAUACUUUAAAUAUAGAUAAUGUAUAUAUAAAAUGCAUAUAUUUGUAUUUUGUAUUGUAGUGUUGAGAUUAGAAAAUUAAUCAAGUGUUAAGUGUUGAAUUUGUUCCC